AGUGAACCCAUCAACACAUAACACCUAAAUCGUAUGAGGAACCCACCAUGCCGUGCAACAAUCGCACGAGGAAACCAGAGUCCCAAACCCCAUCAACCUACCUUCUCGAUAGUAUAGCAAUAAAAGCAUACCCACUUCUUAGAGAAACAUGAAUCAUGAGAAUAAAAUAACUAAAAUAGGAAAGCUACAAAACCCAGAUCUAUAAUAAAGAAACCCAGAUCCAUAACAAAAGGGGAAAUAAAGAUUAAAUGAUAAGGAAUGGAAAUUGUUGCAGAAGAAAUUAGAUGCGUUGUUGAAAAAACCCAGAGUUGUCAACCAAGCUUUCCCAUUACCGACUUUGUUUGUUACUCCCUUGUUAUCUUUGCCUGCAAAUCUCUUCACUAUCUUUAGCAACCCAGCGGCACCUGCUGGGUUCAUCGAUCGAACCCAGGAGCGCCUGUUGGGUUCAUGGAUUGAACCCAGGAGGAACCCAACGACGUUGCUGGGUUCGAUCGAUGAACCCAACGACGCCGUUAGGUUUGAUCGAUGAACCCAGCAACGCCGUUGGGUUCAUUCAUCGAUCGAACCCAGCAACGUCGCUGGGUUCCUCCUGGGUUCAAUCCAUGAACCCAACAGGCGCUCCUGGGUUCAUCAACGAGGAUCUGGGGGAAAGAUGAUGAAUGCUAGAGAUUGAAAUGAAUGGGUAACAAAAGGAAAAUGGAAAGAAAUUGAUGUGUGGUUGAAGAUGAGGUUAAAAAGGUAAUUUUAGUUUUAUAAUUAAUUUUAGAUAUUUUA